AUGCCUGGGCCCACGAUAGAUUUGACCAAGUUCGACUCUAUCCCGGAGUCUAUUGAGGCUUUCCGAAAUGGCGAGUUCCUCGUCGUCCUCGAUGACCCCUCCCGCGAGAACGAAGCCGACCUCAUCAUCGCCGCUCAGGAUGUGACCACCGAGAAGAUGGGUUUCCUCAUCCGCCACUCCUCCGGCUACGUCUGCGCGCCGCUCUCUCCCGCCCUCAUCACCUCUCUCGGCCUCCCUCAGAUGGUCUCCAACAACGAAGACCCUCGCGGCACCGCCUACACCGUCUCCGUCGACGCCGCUGACCCCUCCGUCACCACCGGCAUCAGCGCCCGCGACCGCGCCCUCGUGUGCCGCGUGCUCGCCGAUCCUAACUCCAAGCCCGAGAGCCUCCGUCGCCCCGGCCACGUCCUUCCCCUGCAGGCCCGCGCAGGAGGCGUUCGCCAACGCAACGGCCACACCGAGGCCGCUGUUGAGUUCUGCCGCCUGGCCGGCAAGACACAGGCCGCCGCCAUCUGCGAGAUUGUUGACGACGGCGAGGAGGUUCCCGGUCAGGCCAUCCGCCAGAACGUCGGCAUGUUGCGAGGCGAGGCCUGCAUUGCCUUUGCGCGCAAGUGGGGGAUCAAGGUCUGCACCAUUGCCGACCUCGUCGCCUACGUCGAGAAGACCGAGGGCAAGCUCGAGGCUAACGGAAGCUGA